GUGGGGCCCGAGGUGCACGCGGGAGGAGAACGGGCUGCGGGUGCUUGACAUGGCGGCAGCGGCGGCGACUGCGGCGACCAAGGGGAACGGGGGCGGCGGUGGCAGGGCGGGAGUGGGCGAGGCCAGCGGCACACGGAAGAAGAAGGGCCCGGGGCCUGUGGCCACGGCAUACCUGGUCAUCUACAAUGUGGUGAUGACGGCGGGGUGGCUGGUUAUAGCUGUUGGUCUGGUGAGAGCAUACUUGGCUAAGGGGAGCUACCAUAGCCUUUAUUAUUCCAUUGAAAAGCCUUUGAAAUUCUUCCAAACUGGAGCCUUACUGGAGAUUUUACAUUGUGCUAUUGGAAUUGUUCCAUCUUCUGUUGUCCUGACUUCUUUUCAGGUGAUGUCAAGAGUUUUUCUAAUAUGGGCAGUAACACAUAGUGUCAAAGAGGUGCAGAGUGAAGACAGUGUCCUCCUGUUUGUUAUUGCCUGGACAAUCACAGAAAUUAUCCGUUAUUCCUUUUACACAUUCAGUCUAUUAAACCAUUUGCCUUACAUCAUCAAAUGGGCCAGGUACACACUUUUCAUCGUGUUGUACCCAAUGGGAGUAGCAGGAGAACUACUGACGGUGUAUGCAGCUCUGCCCUUUGUCAGACAGGCUGGCCUGUACUCCAUCAGUUUACCUAACAAAUACAACUUCUCCUUUGACUACUAUGCAUUCCUAAUUCUGAUAAUGAUGUCCUACAUUCCAAUUUUUCCUCAGUUAUACUUCCACAUGAUACACCAGAGAAGAAAGGUGCUUUCUCGUACUGAAGAAUACAAGAAGUUUGAAUAGCUCCUCCUUUCCGCACCAGUCCCUCCCAAACCAGACUUUCAACGAUCAAAAAAUGCUGCAGACUUUUUGAGUUCCCAGUACGUUUCAUAGAAAAUAAGUAAGAAUUAUUUUUAAAAGUAUUAAAAAUAAAAUAACCAAAAUCCAGUGUCACGUGGGCCUGGGAUUUUAUAAAAAAAAAAAAAAAAAAAAAUAAAAACACUUAAAAGGCUGUUACAUAAAGCAUCCCAGCCAGUCCUUUGAGCAUGCUCUUCUAACCACAAGUUCCCAGUAUUUAUGAUGGCACUAGAAAGGGGGUUGGAGUUUUAUCUCCUCCUAUGUCCUUCAUGUAUCUGAUAAAGACCUAUAACACUAUACACUUGAGAGUUACAGUCUGAGUAAUGAAGUUGUUCCAACUGACUGCCCAGCUUGCGGUAGACAUUCGGUUUCAAUCUGUAGUGUGUUUAGCAAUUCCCUUCUCAAGUGCUUGACUGCAUGCUGGAAACUCUUUGUAUUUUUGAAGCAGCAAUUUGUUCUCUGGAAUGCUCUGAAGUUCUGGCUGGGACCUAGCCCCUCAUAUCUAGUGAAUGAGUUAUAAAAUGUAUAUGCCUGUGAAGCUUUGGGGUAGUGCCUAUAACCAGAAAACCCUUUCAUUUGUUUUCAAUUGAGUCAUUACUGCCUGCCACUAAGAAACGUGCUUGAAUUUAAUAAGUAUGUGUAUACUGUAAAGAACUACCGUACCUGGAGCUCACAUUCUAAUAAAUAACAGUGCGAGAGGGAAAGCUCAAUGGCUAGCAAAUGGUAAGUACUUCCCACGGUAUUGUGCUCGGAGCAUGUCUGUGUAUUGGCCAAGAGCUAUUCUCAUCUGCAGACUAGAAACCCACCUCAUCACAUAAGGAGUAAGGAAAUCUGUUAUCAAAGGCACUUGGAAGGUAUUGCUGUACCAGCAUAGUCCAGAAAAGCAUUCUGAAAUAAAUUUGUAUACAAUUCUACUUUAAUUUUUUACUCUUCUGUUUAGAUACUUUGUGGUCCUAUGUUAAUUCCCACCAAGUUGUGAGUCCAGAGAGGCAGCAUAUGUUCUAGGAUAAGCAAAAAGCAUUAUCACCUCCACAUGUCAGAAUCACCCAUCAGUUUGGACGUGCUCUAAUAAAUAAUGUCUUAAUUGUUUAACCAUGCAUUUAGAAUCCCUUAGGAAAGGCUUGGGGAAGACAGGCAGUGCCCUAGUCACUGCCCAGGUCUCUGCUCCCUUUCAGGGUACUCAGUAAACUUCAACUUCUUUUUAAAAAAAAAAAAAAAAAGGUUUGGAUGAAAAUGCAAAACCCAAAUUUAGAAGUGCACAAGAUUUUAAAGUUUUUUCUUUCUAGAGCCUAUUUCUUCUUUUUUUUCUUUUCUUUCUUUUUUUUUUGUUUAUCUUUAAGACUUUAAAAAUCUUGCCAUUGUCAUUUAAAAUGUAAUUGUUCAUAUCAGAAGACUAUAAUGAAAAACUAAAUUUUCAAGCGCUUAUUUUCAUAAGCGCUUGAAAAUUAAUGCAGGCAGGUGUGUAAUAAAUUAUUUUUUAAUUGAACAUUAAAUUCUGCUUCAAGUCAGCACUGUUGGGUGUGUUGAAAAUUAGAAUCUAUUCUUGUAUUUGAUAGACAAAUAUGUGGGAAAGAUUAUUUUCGUGCUUUUUCUCCCUUUUUAAUCUUCCAAAGUGUAUUUCCACUGUAAAAUAGAAUCAACUUGAGUUAUAUCAGCAUUAUUACUUUAUUUGGUUAAGAUUGUUAGUCAUCUUUGGAAGGUUUGCAGAAGAUGCUGUGAGAAACACAAGCAUGUUGGACAGAGCUCUGUUGGGGGCUUCCUGUCAUGAGAAGUUCUCGGUCACCUGAACUGCAGCAGAGUGAACUUUGCAAUGAAAACACAGCGAACACUUUCCUUCUCAAGAAGGAUCUCAACUCUGCAGUGUUUUUGGACAUCAGCCUUUAAAAUCCAUACAGCAGAUGAGUGAGGUGGUCACUGUCCUUCAGUGACCUUGCUCAGUAACUGGGUUUUAGGGUUUUUUUGUUUGUUUCAUUUUUUGUUUCCCUUUAUAUUUGUCCCUAGCAUGAAUUAAUUUCCUCCCUUUGAAGCACUGAUGUUCUUUUAUAUAUUGAGAACAUCUAACCCCCAGAUAUCACAGAUAUUCACAGGUGUGAAUGAGGAAGGUGAUUUUCACUGGUGUUUUGUCAGAUUUAGCAGUUUCAUUUGAGAGCAUAGUCGAAGUCAUCAUCUUCUCAGCACUAACUUGAUUGCAUAUUUCAGAUCCUCCCAAGGGGCCCUCUUCUGAUGGAAGCCUUCUUUGAGGUGCACAGCAGUUUUGUAGGCUCAGGUUGCUAAUCUGCAUCUUGCUGUGCUGUUUGCUGAGGUUGGGAUCACUCAUAGCACAUGUCUCCACCACUAUCAAAGCCCCCAUGGAGCUAGCACGUAAUAAAGUACUAUCCUUCCAGAUGAGGAAGUUCCUCUAAAGCAAACUUAACAAGAAGGAAGAAGCAGAGCUAGAGAGGCAAAUGAGAUUGUGCCCUCACUUUCCACUUGUGUUUGUUAUUCAUUCUAAUUAGAGCCUGGCAUUGAUGUGGUCCAACCUGAAAAUUAUUUUCAGUUCUGAGUUUCAGAUACAUCAUUAUAAAACAAAAGUCAGUACAUAUUUCUCCUUUGAAAUUUGGGUAAAAAAAAUUAUACAACCAUAUAUAUAGUCAUUUUUGUAAUUUUCUAUGUUGUGAAAACCAAAAUUGUAAUUUUAUAAGUCUUUGAUUCACUAAAAUUAUAUAAUUUAAAUGUAUUUUUUGUAUAUUUAGAAAUAAGGAGUUCAAAGACUAUGCUUAACUUUCUAUGCAUGCAUUUGAAAGCGUUUUUAUCUCUUAUUAAUGUAGUAAUAAGUUAUAUUCAUAAAAUACUGAUCUGUGUUGCAUUUCAAAAUAAACUGGUGUUUGUUCUGCCUGGA